UUUGGCCCGAAGCUUGGCCGGAAUCCCUGGCUUGCUCAUCUCCGGCACUGCGCCAUGCUUCGAAAAGUAUACCUCGUCGGCGGCCAUGUCACUCCCUUUGUGGGAAAAGGAUAUCCGAAUUUCCAGAAGGGCGCGAAGGGCCUGAAAGAGUACUUUGCAGAGUCCAUCCAGGGCGCCUUCAAAAAAACGGGAAUCAAGGCUGAUGCCGUAGAUCGAAUCUACGUUGGAAACUUCGCAGGUGAACUGUUCAAUAGCCAGGGCCAUUUGGGAGCUGCAGUGGCAGCAGCAGACCCAGCUUUGCUCUAUCGACCGUCCAUGCGGGUGGAGGCAGCUUGCGCUUCCGGAGGUUUGGCCUGUGCUGAAGCUGUUCGUGCUGUGUGCGCAGGAGAUGACUGCGUCAUGGCAGUUGGCGUUGAAGUUCAGACGGAGGCGGAUGCUCGCACCGGAGGAACAUACUUGGCCCGAGCAGCAGAUUUCAAUCGCCAAUCAGGCAUUGACGAUUUUACCUUCCCGGCGCUUUUUGCAAGACGUGCAAAAGCUUAUUUGACGAAGUAUCCAGAUGUGAAGAUGGCUGAUUUAGCUGCUGUCGGCAUCAAGGCUUACUCCAAUGGAAACAAGAACCCAUUGGCGCACAUGCAUGCCAUCCAACUGCCUCCGGAAAAAGCGGUUGCUGGGAAGGAAUUUUUGCAGAAUGAAGAGUUGAAGCCUUUUGUUCAACACACUCAUUGCUCUCAAGUUUCUGACGGUGGUGCUGCAGCAAUAUUUAUGUCAGAGGAGGGACUGAAGAAGUACGGCCUGAAUCAUCAAUCUGCAGUGGAGAUUGUAGCUUCAGAUUACGGUGUAGGCGAUUUGUGGUCUGACCCACUGGACCUGACGGUGAUGGACACAACAAAGACCGUUGUCUCCCGAAUGUUGGCAACAGCUGGGGUGAGACCUGGCGACCUAGAUGUUGCAGAAGUACAUGAUUGCUUCGCAAUCGCGGAGAUCCUCAUGUAUGAGGCUAUAGGUCUUGCCGAGCCCGGGAAAGGCACCGAGCUUGUGAAAUCGGGCGCAAUCUCCCUGGAAGGAAGGAUCCCAGUCAACACAGGAGGUGGCUUGAUCUCCUUCGGCCACCCGGUGGGAGCAACCGGGGUGAAGCAGGUGCUUGAGGUGUACCGGCAGAUGAAGAGCCUGUGUGGUGACUACCAGAUGCCUCGAACGCCUCAACUGGGUUUAGCAGUCAAUAUGGGUGGAGAUGAUCGAACUAGUGCUGCGAUGCUGCUCCGCAAUACAUCCCCUGCCAGCAAACUGUGAGCCUCAUGUGCAAAGUCAAUUUCAAGCCAGCAAAUGCGCAAAGCGACAAGGAAACUCACGUGUGUUCUAUGUGUGUGUGUGUGUGCGUGUUUCUGCC